AUGAGUUCGACAAACUGUAGAUUCUACGAGAACAAGUAUCCCGAGGUGGAUGAAGUCGUCAUGGUCAACGUGCAAGAGAUAGCCGAGAUGGGAGCCUACGUCAAACUCUUGGAGUACGACAACAUCGAAGGAAUGGUCUUGUUGUCCGAGUUGUCCAGAAGACGUAUACGUUCGAUCCAGAAAUUGAUCAGAGUGGGGAAAAACGAAGUUGCAGUUGUAUUGAGAGUCGACAAGGAAAAAGGCUACAUUGACUUGUCCAAGAGAAGAGUCUCAGCUGAAGAUAUAGUCAAGUGUGACGAAAGGUAUAACAAGUCCAAAGCUGUGCAUUCGAUAUUGAGACACUGUGCUGAAAAGUUCAACGCUUCGUUGGAGAACUUGUACGAGACCGUGUGCUGGCCGUUGAGCAGAAAAUACGGCCAUGCUUACGAUGCCUUCAAAUUGUCCAUCACCGACCCCACCAUAUUCGACGGCCUUGAAGCUCCUUCUGCGGGUAUCUUGGAAGAGUUGAAGUUGUACAUUUCAAGAAGAUUGACCCCGCAGGCAAUCAACAUCAGAGCCGACGUUGACCUCCAGUGUUUCACUUAUGAAGGCAUCGACGCCAUCAAAACCGCAUUGAAAGCUGCCGAGUCCGUUUCAACUGAGCAAAUGCAAGUCAAGGCCAAAUUGGUGGCUGCCCCCUUGUACUUCCUCACCGUGCAAUCCUUGGACAAGAACCAAGGUAUCGCGCUUUUAGAAUCAGCUAUAGAAAAAAUCACUGAAAGCAUAGAAGCAAGUGGCGGCCUCUGUAAGGUGUCUAUGGCACCAAAAGCUGUCACUGCCACUGAAGACGCUGAACUCGAGCGUAUGUUGGAGAGCAAAGAAGCCGACGACAGGUUGGACUCGGAUGAAGAAGAAAAUGAAUAG